CACAAGCGUACUUAAAUUUAGCUACAGAUGUCAUAGUGGGAAAAUCCAGGAGAACACGUAGGCUUCCUGGAGGAGAACAGUUGUUUAGAUCAUUUUAAGACUUGACUCUCCCUUAGUAACAUCACUCUAAUCAAGUGCUUCCAAAAUCCUCAGUUACGUAUCAAAAGUAGAAUACAAAAAUUUUAAUAGAAAGUUCACUAUUAUAUAACUUUUUAUAACUAGUUUCACUAAGAGUAGCACAAGCUUAUUGUAUCGUAGUCGGGAAAAUUAUUAUUAUAAUAAAAAAGAAGCGCUAAGCCACAAGGGCUAUACAGCGCUGAUAGUCGGGAAAAGCUUCGCUAAAACCUUGGCAAAAAUGGCGGAAGAAUACUUAGAUUUCGACGAUGUUUUGACCUACGCCGGAGAGUUUGGAAAGUACCAGUGGUUGUUAUUCCUGGGCCUGGCUCCAUUCUGUCUCAAUUUGGUGUUCAUCUACUUCGUGCAGUUCUUCAUCACCCUCCCACCUGAACACUGGUGUGCCGUGUCGGAGCUCAUGCACGCCAACGUCAGCCUCGAACUCAGACGUAACUUAAGUAUCCCCAUUACUGUUGACGCACUCGGCACAGCCACGCGGAGCCGCUGCCAGGCGUACGAUGUACCCUACGAGAAGUUGUUGCUGGAUGGCGUGACGUCACCGAACACCUCAUGGCCGGUGAAGAGCUGCUGGGUGUGGGAGUACGAUAUCUCCACCACAGGAAACUAUCACACCAUUGUCUCAGAGCUGUCGUGGGUAUGUGACAAGAAGUGGUACGCCACGCUGGCCCAGUCAGUAUUCUUCCUGGGAGCCGUCAUUGGUGGCCCUAUCAGCGGGUGGGCGGCCGACAGAUAUGGCCGUGUGCCCGUACUGGUGGCAACUAACUUCGUGGGGGCAAUUACCUCCAUCCUGACCGCCUUCUCCACCUCUCGGCCAGACUUCCUAGUCUAUAGGUUUUUCGCUGGUUUUGCCUUCGUCAACAUCUUAACAGCCAGUUUGAAUGAUGCUUGUGUUGCACACUCAAACUCACAUAACAAUGAAAUAGUGCUGGAAUACGUUGGUCCCUGCAAACGUACUUUGGUGGCUAAUCUCUCCAUCGCUCUUUUCUACACUGCGGGGACGGUGGCACUACCUUGGCUAGCGGUGUGGGCAGGAAACUGGCGUCUUCUUACUGCUGCCUCGGCCACUCCCAUGGUCCUCUCCUGCCUGGCCAUCUGGAUCCUUCCAGAGAGUCCCCGCUGGCUCCUCUCCCAGGGACGUGUGGAGGAAACAGUGAAGAUCCUGGAGAAGAUAGCUCAAGUGAACGGGCACACCAUUCCCCCUAACGUGUUGCACGACCUGCAGGUGCAGGAUAGCAGCAAUUACGACCAAAUUCAAAAUGAAGGAGAAAAGGUCAUUAUGGAUCAAGUGACUUCUGCCUCGCUGCUGGACCUCUUCAGGACGCCCAGACUUCGUAGAACCACCAUCUCCAUCUGCGUUCUUUGGAUGCUGCUGAGCUUGGUGUAUGAUGGGCACGCCCGCAACGUGUCCAACCUGCCGCUGGAUGUAUUUGUCACCUUCAGCAUAGCUUCAGCUACAGAGCUGCCAGCCGACAUUUUCCUCAUCCUCACCCUAGACCGCUGGGGCAGGCGCUGGCUCGCUUUCGGUACCUUGGUCCUCUCCGGUGCCCUUAGCAUCCUCACCAUCGCUGUUGCAGAAAAAGGUGUGAUGGUGGCAGUGCUGGCAAUGAUGGGGCGUCUGCUGGUCAACAUCACUUACAACAUUGGACUGCAGUAUGUAGCUGAGCUCCUGCCGACGGUGGUGCGCGCACAGGGAGUUGCAGGGGUUCAUAUAGCCGGAUACUUGUCUGCUCUCUUCUCCCCCGUCAUAGUUUAUCUGGGAACACUGAGCCCAUUGGUGCCACUAGUAGUGCUUGGGGUGGCAUCAGUGAUCGGGGGGUUCGUAGCACUCAUAUUGCCAGAGACUUUACACAGGGACCUGCCCCAAACGCUGGCUGACGGGGAGAACUUCGGCAAGGAGCAAGCCUUCUUCUACUUCCCCUGUAUAACUAAAGAUGCCCAGUCGAGCCAGCCUCUGGCACUGGGAGAAUUUGGCCAGCAGCCGUCGUUUAUCAGACACCGACCACAGCUGAGGGCGUCCCUCCGAGGUGAAACCUAUAGAUCCUCCCUCAUCAGGCACCGCAGGGAAGUCCUCUGCAUUCCUGUGGUUGAAUAACACCACCACUAGCCAUGUGAGGUGACUGUUACCAUAAGCCAGGCAGUACAAAUCGCUGUGGUUAUAGCACCACUGGUAGUCUCAACUCCUUAUGUAUAAACUGUGGCAUGCUUUUAUCAGAAGCCAGACACAGGUAUGGUAGGACUGUAGACAGUGGAGUCGAAGUGCUCAUUCUGUGGCUUCCAUCUGACAUUGGUCUAUAGGUUCAAGAUAGAACUGAUGAACUGGUUAAGUUAUAUGCCUUCAGAGAAGGCGUUGAGUACAAUUUUGGGCUGUCAGUUAGCAGUUUGAGAACAAUAAUACGAAAAGAACUUCAACUGGACUUUAUUGACUUUAGACUGAGGGAGAGUGACACCAGUCAGUCCAUCUAUCAUUAUUCUAUCAUGCAGGAGGAGCCACAUGUCUGUGGUGCAUCCAAAUAAGCAGACUUGGAUGUUACUACUGCCUGGUUCCGGUUGGGAUACAAGUAUUUUUGGGAGGUUAAAUCAUCAUCACCAGAUAUAGAUCAAACGAAAUGUAAACUUUGCCUGAUGGACGAUUGUCACACCUUGCGUCAUUACGUACUGGAAUGCGAUCAAAUUAAUGAAUUCAGAGACAACUCACUCAUAAAUGUUCAAGAAAUUGCAGAGGGUUUUAUCCACAAUGGUAUAUUACAAACCUUUCUGGAAAAAAUGCCCUGACUUUGCUCACUGUAAAUAAGAGUAUUACCACGUAAUUGUACUCGCCUAAUUGUGGUUGCAAGGGUCGACCCACAGCUCCUGCGUGUGUGCGUGCGUGUGUGUGUGUGACCUAUUUAAUGUUUGCAUAAAUAACUCGACGAGUGUGACCAGAUAUAACUAUGUGAAUACUUCAUUACCUUUGUAACUUGUUCAGCUGUCAACUUGUGCCUCUGUAAUCCUUUGACUACUGCCCACACCAUGAGUAUGGGAUGCAUAAUAAAGAUGCUAAACUUACUAAUUGGUAGUAGCAAAAUCCCUUCCUAAUGUCAACAUUGAGUGCAAUAACACCGAGCAGAUAGGUUUGUAUCAUUCUAACUAGCACCACGGGUAUUAAAACCCGUUAUAUCACCAUAGUUGACUACUUCCAUUCCCCAUGCGCCAUAUGACUCAUACGAGUUUAACGCUUCUCCGGGUUAUUAUAAUAAUGACUACCACCACUGUUCAGAGGGGAUGGGGGAUUACCUUGAUGUGUACUAUUAAUCCAAGUAAUUGGGGCUACUUUCCUUUCCUUGGAUCAAACCUGAUUACCACCCUUUUUUUCAAUUGCUGUAGGACCCCUGUGGGCUUAGCGCUUUGAGUUUGAAACCUUGUGAGUCAAUUAUGAUGUUUUUUUUCCCUACCACUGCUGGUCCUUUGAUUAGCUUGACAUAAUAAGGAGGUUGAAUUAGCCUAGACAGGUGUAAUGUGUGUCAGGAAACAGGACAAGUGUUUCCGGACUCGGGUCCUAGUCAUAUGAUGAGAGAUGGAGCUUUUGGUCAUCUAACCGAGGCCUUCCACUGGCUUACUGGUCCACCUCUUUAAAAAUUAUAGUUAGCUGAGUGUCUUUAUUGAUAGCUCAAAAUAUGUACUUAAAAAAAUUCAUAUAGUCUUAUUAUAUGUUAUUAUUAUAGUUUCGCUGCUUGUUUGUAAUUAGGGUUAAACCCAAUCGAUUGAAUCCAAUCGACUGAACACAUCGACUCAAGGUUGAGGGACGAUUACCUCAUUCUCCUCCUGUUCUUCAAGUUUCUCCUACGUAUGGACUGAUGAAGCCACUGUGUGGCGAAACGUUUCCUCAAUAAAGAUUCCCAAG